AAAUUGUGCAACAUAUCGGUGGCAACACUGUAUUCAGCAUUUACCGAUUCGUUAUUUUGAUUUUGUCUUACUUUGAAAGUUUAAAUUUGCUCGUUGAUUGAGCUUAUCUACUAAGCGAACUUUUCUUGUAAUUAUGUAAUGGGCAGCUGAGACAAAUCGAUUUGACAAUGGAUAUUAUUUCAACGUCUUACGCAGAGGGCCAAUAUCUGAAGUGUAUCAAACACCUGUCUGACUUACCAACUAAUUCAUUGUUUGAAGAAUUCAUCGUACAAAACAACAUUUUGGUAUGCAAGUUCCAAAUUUCUUAUGUAAAGGAAGAUGAAGUGCUAAGAAGAGCAGUUGCCGACGAUUUCCUUCACUUGCAAAGCAAAACGUUGGCACUUCCACAAGAAAAAGAGUUUAGCUUAUUGACUUUAAGUUGUAGUUGUAACGUGAUAUAUUCACUACUCAAUUGCAAACAUUAUUGUGGGAAUAGUAUUAAGGCAACCGAAAUUGCUUAUAUUGCACUUGAGAAAGCACUAUGUAGUCAUCUGACUUUUUUUCCUCCAAGAAAUGACUCUCCUACUGAAAAUUUUGUAUCCUUGAUUCAUCAAUUUAUUGAGGCCAAGACUUUUAGGCAAGGUGAACUGCCUCUUUUAUUGUACAGCUGUGUACUUAUUUGUUUAUUCAAGUUAGAUUUAAGGUAUGUUCAGUUGAUAAAGGACACUCUGGAAAUCUUAGAACACAGUGGGAAAAAUGACAAUUAUUUUUCUAAUGAUGUACUUCUCCUUUCCCCUCUUGAAAUGCCAUUACAGCCUAGAGGGGUAAGAAUUUCCAGCUCUAUUAUUUGUGAUUUUUCAAAACUUUUUCUUUGCUUGUUUCACUGUGUCAACUCAUCUUGGUCUGAGGCACUUGCAUUGGAAAGUGGGCAAACCUCAUCAUUGUCUGAGAUCUGGGGAAUCUUGAAAGGAUUUGUGAAUUGUCAGUUGGCUAGCUGCACAUGCAUUGCAUCUAACAAUGAUGAGACAGAGGACUAUGGUAAAAUACAAAACAUUUAUUUGAAGUUCGCACGAUGUCUAAUCGGCGCUGCAGAGUUUGCUUUAAGAAAGCAACCGCUUAUGUCACUAAGGUUUUUAAGCCUUGCCGGAGCGGGAGAAUUGGCGCAAACACGAGCCUGUUCUAUUGUGAUGGCCUAUGCUGCCACACAGUUUAAAGCAUUGGGAGAAGUUGACUUCCAAAUUGAAGCACUGAAAAUUGCCGAGGAAUCGUUGGGGUGCCCCGUUUUUCAGCCCUCUUUUCAUUCUGAAUUUUAUGGAUUCCUUCUUGGACAGUUGAAACUAUUUAGUCUACCACAAAUACCAAUCUUGAGAUACCACCUCGCGCGAGUUUUUCUCCAAAAUCAACGAUACAAAGAAGCAACCGUUGAAUAUGAAAAAUUGUCAAAGACUCCAUUCCAAGAAAAUUGGAUUCCUUUUUCGACAGCUUUCGAACUUCGCUCACCUUCUACGACUAUUGUACUACACGAGUAUAUUCUGGCUCUCCUCCUGGCAAAUGAUUGUCAAAAGGCGCUUGACAUCAUCGAAUCUUCUUUGGAAGAAGAUUUCUUGAUACUCUUUUUCCAUGCGGAAAUUUGCGUCCAACUGAAGCAAAACAAAAAAGCUAUUAAGCUUUUAAGCAGGUCUAUUGCUAAACUUAAUGAACAAAAUUCCAUCACUUAUCCAGUAAACGGUUCUAAAGAAGUGAUCAUGUCAAAACUUCGCUUUAAAAUGUCGGAACUUUUGGAAGAAACUGGGAAUACGAAAGACGCUCAUCAUCAACUGAAACUGUCUUUCCAGAAUGGCAUGGUUAUGGACAGCAAAAUGCAGAAGUCUUAUCAUAAAUUGAUGAGUAAAUUAGGGAUGGCAAAAGAAAAUCCCGUAUCUUCUGAUCCCCAGCGAGAAAUAUUGGUGUUGAAAAUCCUUGAGUUUACGGAAGACCUCGGCAUUCACUACUUGAUGGGCGCCAUAAAAGGUGUAAAUUUCUUGUAAACAAUUAAGCUUUGCAAGAACAGAAAAAGACGUAAAACUUUUUUGUGUAGGAGAUUUUUACUGUCAAUGUGAACACUUGGGACCAGUAGUGACAAAACGAUUAUCCAAAUAAA